ACCACGGUGGCAGCUUGCAAGUUUUGUAACGACAAAAAGUUGUUAAAAAUAAAAAUAAUUGCGAACAAUUUGUUGAAAUCAUAAAAAGUGUUUACUUUGCCCCGUUUAUUGAUGAAUUCUUCUGAGUUUAGUGGUAGUUUGUGUCAUUUUGUGCAUAUUUGUGCCGAUGUCGGAGUCUUGUAGUUAACGGUUCAUACUCGUGAACUUUUGUCUGAAUUUUAACCCACCUAGAUGCAGCCUCCUUUAAAAACCCGGAUGUGAGACCAUGCGACUUUUAUAAUACUCGGAUAUUUGUUUGGAAUUUUUGUAGCGAACAAUGGCAUCGCAAUGGAUUCCGUUUGUUUUCUGUGCGGCGUUAUGUUUCCGGUCGGGAUGUUCGAAGGGUUUACCAGUAUUUGUACAAGAUAUGGACAACCUGCCUUUGUCAGAGAGCACGCCGGUUGGUGAAGUUGUCUACACGUUGCUGGGGACAGAUCCUGAUGGGCUACCGAUUAAAUAUGGACUCGUGGGUACUGAUAAGUUUUCAGUGGAUCCAAAGACUGGAGAAGUUAAACUCGUACAGCCAUUAGAUAGAGAGAAAGAAGAUACAAUAAAGUUCCUAGUAGUCAUAGAAAGUUUGGAUCCCACUGCCGCCAUCAAUUUGGUGCAGACGCAACCUGUCACUGUCAUUGUUCUAGACGAGAAUGACAACCCGCCUAUAUUUAAGAACAGUCCUUAUGAGGUAGAUGUGCCAGAAGACCAAGCUGUGGGUACGACAAUACUUCGAAACAUUGAAGUCGAGGAUCGGGAUUCAGUUGGAGACAGUCUGGAAGUUGGAUGUGUUGUUAAUGAACAGUGGCCAGAAGCGUGUGAGUACUUCGAAGUGGUCAGCCAACAGUCAUCAGCUAACCAGUACGUGGGAUGUUUAGUUCUCCGAAAGCCAUUGGAUUAUAAUGAGAAACAAUUUUAUCAAUUUAAACUUCAAGCCACGGACGGGACCCUCAACUCAUCAGCUCCAGUGGAAAUAAAGGUGGUGGACGUGCAGAACAGUCCGCCCGUGUUCAGUGGGUCGUUGAGCGGGAGUUUGUCUGAAGACGCGCCCGUGGGCAGUGUGGCGCUAGUUGUCAAGGCGAGAGAUGCGGACAGGGCUCAGCCGAGAGAUGUCGCUUUAGAACUUAUUACCAAUCCAUUGGAUUUCUUUUGGCUCGAUAGCAAGACAGGAGAACUGAAGACGGCUAAACCCUUAGACAGAGAGGCUUUAGCCGAUCCAUCGUCACCCUUAAAUCUGACUGUUAGAGCGAGUGAAAUAGUAAACGGUAUUCCCAUAAUAUCGAACCUGACUUCGAGUCUCGCGACUGUGACGGUCACAAUCAAGGAUGUGAACGAUGAGCCACCGCGGUUCAACAAAAGGGAGUACAGUGUGGAGAUACCCGAAAGCUUACCCAUCGGGACACCCCUACCUAACCUUGACAUGGUAGUGACUGAUACUGAUGUUGGUCUAAACUCAGUAUUCAGUUUACGUCUGUCUGAUGAGUUGGGCGCUUUCAUCGUAGAGCCAAGUACGGCCACUGGGAGUGCUACUGUCACUCUCAGACUCAACUCUACUUUGGACUAUGAGGACCCUAAUCAGAGGAAGUUUAUUCUGGAGGUCAUAGCAGAAGAGCUGCAUACGUCUCCGCGACUGUCAUCCAAGGCCAGUGUGACGAUAUCCCUGAGUGACGUCAACGACAACGCGCCCCAAUUCGCGGAGCAGCCCUAUUCAGGUUCCGUGGCUGAAGGUGCUCCUCCGGGGACCAGAGUGGUCGCUAUUAAGGCGACAGAUAGAGAUACGGGCAGAUACGGCACCGAGGGCAUAGUGUAUCAGUUAUCAGGCAACGGCGCAGAACUGUUUCGCGUCGACAACCGCAGCGGAGUCAUCACAGUCGCCGCUUGUGCCACACCUGGAACUCCACCCUGUAUUGACUUUGAGACCCGGAAGGAUUAUUUCUUGCAGUACAAGGCGACGGAUGACGACGGCUCGGGCCAAAUGACGGUGGUCUCUCUCCACAUCUCCGUCACGGACUCAAACGACAAUCCUCCUGCCUUCCUGACUCCCGUCUACCGAGCAUCCAUCGAUGAGGAUGCUCUGAAGUUUGAGCCGGAGUUACAGGUCCAAGCUCGUGAUCCAGACACGACUUCAGAUAUACGUUACUCUAUCGUCGAACCUAAAACGCAUCCGUUCUGGAUAGAUCCCGUUUCCGGAAGGAUAUUGGUCCGACCAGAAACAGGUGGAGUGCAUUCCACAGGCGAUAACAAAAUCAUUUUGACAGUUCUCGCCACAGAUGGCAUCCACAACGCAACGUGCAAAGUCGAGAUCUCGGUGCGUGACGUCAACAAUCACGCACCCGUAUUUGACACUGACAGAUAUGAGGCUGACGUCACUGAAGAUGCUGCUACUGGUAGUGAAGUAGCAAUAGUCCACGCCACCGACUUGGACAGUGGAGUGAAUUCUGAAAUAAAAUACAAGAUACAAAAAGGGGCCCUGGAUGCCUUUACACUAGACAAUGCGACUGGGGUUCUCACCGUUGCUGAUAAACUUGACUACGACAAACGGAAUACGUAUAGGAUUCAGAUAGUGGCCGUUGAUAUGGGUAUCCCAAGCCUAACUGGUACAACAGAACUAAUAGUCCAUGUUAUCAACGUGAACGAUAAGAAGCCAUAUUUCACUCCUCCGAUACAACGAGCUGAAGUAUCGGCUGAUGCGGAUAUGGACACCCUGGUGCAUACCCUGAUAGCGGUCGACCCAGAUAUCACGGAUAAUACCCAAUUGGUAUUCGAAUUGGGAGAAAAGCCGGUUCGGGCGGUUGAUAAGAAUGGAAAAGAGGUGUCCGAUGAUAUCAUCUUGUCAUCUUGGUUUAAAAUUCUCUCCAACGGCACAGUGGUAGUCGGUAAUCAUUUAGACAGAGAAAUUGCGGCCGUGGUUACACUGCCCGUCGCUGUAACAGAUGAUUCCGCGCCUAAUCUUCAGAAGACUGAAGGUGAACUAAUAAUAAACAUAGUGGACGUAAAUCGUCACGCGCCCGUAUUCACGCAACCCGCGUACACCGAGCGUAUACUCGAGGAGCAACCGAUUGGGACCGUGCUGAACACGUAUACGGCUACGGACAGGGAGACGCCUAUAUCCGCCAUUGUUAUCUAUCCGCCCAGCCCUUAUUUCUCUAUUGAUAACGUUACAGGUGUAGUAAAAACUAUUCAACGAAUCGACUACGAAAAAAUUCAUUCGAUAAACUUUACACUCGUCGCUUUCGAUUCUGGUGUUCCACAAUUGUCGACUUCUGCGGGUGUCUUCGUUGACGUGGUGAAUGUUAACGAUGAGGAACCGAACUUUGACCAGGAGCUGUACGAGGCUAGCGUCAAUGAGCAUAGUGUAGUGGGAACGAGUGUUAUCACUGUACGCGCUACUGAUAAGGAUGAAGGUGAAUUCGGUGAAAUAAGAUACAGCUUGGCUGGCCAAUCGUCAUACUUCGACAUAGACCCAAACACUGGCAUAAUCAUUGUGGCGGAUAAUAUUGAUCGGGAAUCUGUCACUGAUGUUACGUUGCGAGCAGUGGCCACAGACAUGGCGCCUGCGCAUCUCAGCAAAAGCACUAGUGUUCCUGUACAUAUCAAAAUAAAUGAUAUAAACGACAAUCCUCCAAUAUUUUCCCAAAAAGUGUACAAGGGAACUAUUGCCGAGAACCUUCAACUGAACCCUCCAGCCGCCAUUCUUCAAGUCUUAGCUGAGGAUAAAGACGUUGGGGUUAAUGGGAAACUCCUUUAUAGGAUAGUUGAUCAGACUGUACCAGGCACUUUUUCUGUAGACCCUACGAGUGGUAUCAUAUAUCCUUCCAAACCCGUGACAGGCAACACGACAUAUUCCCUCACGGUGUCUGCAUCUGACCACGACGGGCAGGGAUUCCAGGACACGGCCAAAGUGGACAUAUUCGUGAUGAGCGUAAACAGACACACACCUGUGUUCGUCGAACCGCCGCCGGAUCAGCGUACUAUUGAAAUUCCCGAGAACGCAGCACAAACAGAUUAUCUCAUAACAACGUUCAAAGCUACGGACGAAGACAGUGGGGAAAACGGCCGCGUCUCUUAUUACCUCAAAGUCGAUAACAAAAAUGUGGUCGAAACUCAGGAAUUCAGUUUGGACACGAAUUCGGGGCAGUUGAGGGCGAAAACCUUCUUGGAUAGAGAGCUGCAACCGGAGUAUGAGUUAGUAAUAGCAGCGGUGGACAAUGGUACUCCAGCUCAAUUCGAGGCUCUACGGGUCAUCACAGUUGUAUUGUUCGAUGAUGAAGACAAUGCACCCAUCUUCCAAUUGCCCACACACACCUUUACUGUACCCGAAAAUCUUCCAGCGGGAAUUAUUAUAGGUUCUGUAAAAGCCAUAGACAAAGAUUCAGGAGAAAACGGCAGAGUGUACUAUCAUCUACUAGAAGGCAACCAAGAUGGCGCCUUCACUCUAGACAGGACACAGGGAACCAUUCGGGCUAAUAUCAGUUUUGACAGGGAAAAACGUGACGAGUACACAAUGACAAUAUACGCUAGCAACAAUCCGAUACUGGAACACGCGGCCGCCAUCUUGAAUUCCAUAGACAAUACCACUGACAGCCCAGAUGCGAGUGUUACCAUUGUUAAAAUUAAAAUACUCGACGAAAACGAUAACGAACCGAAAUUCGAAAAAAAGGUUUACUAUGCAGGUGUCAAACACACGGCGCGUAUCAAUGAGCCGAUAAUAUCUCUGGUAGCGUUUGACCCGGAUCUGGACGAGAAUGGAACCUUGAUCUACAUGGUGGCAGCUUCCAACCUCUACAAGUUCGGGGCUUCGCAGUCCAGUGGCAGUGUGGUGCCUUCGCCCUUUAAUAUCACACAGGAUGGCACUCUAAUGACCGCUCACUUCAUGUCGGAGUACAACCAAGAUAGGUUCGUACUGGACAUCAUCGCACAGGAAGUAGCACAUCCUCACAGACAGGCCAAGGCACAAGUUUAUGUUUGGAUAAUAGAUCGAUCAUCUCUCAUCCGCAUGGUGGUAUCAAGAAGUUGUUCCACAUCUGUGGAUGCUGUAGAACGAAGAUUAGGAGAAGCUGGAAGUGCUUUAUUGGUUCCCGACAGAAGAGUACCACUCGUGCAGGCUGAUAGGAGAUUGGAUGAUUGGUGUGAAGUUCACUUGCACGCAGUGGAGCCACUGACAUGGCAAGUACUACCCGUGGAGAAAGUUCUGGAAAGUAUCGACUCGAAGUACGAUGAGCUGAAGGACGUUUACCAGCAGUACGGGGUGGAGACUCUUAUUGCAGCUAGUUCCACUUCCAAGGUUCCAGAUAGUUUCGACCCAGCGCUCGCAACGUUGAUCGCACUUCUGAUAGUUCUAUUCACGGGAAUCGUCACCUUUGUGGUCGUGUGUGCCUGCCUCAAGCAUUGGGUGAUCCCUCCGCCAUCCCUUCAAUCGAGUAAAGGGGACAGUUUGGCUCGUCGACGAAUUCUCGAAGAGCUGAGUACCACAGAGAACCCUUUGUGGUUGGAGACCAAGUUGAGGCCUUACGAGGAGCAGGAGCUCACUAUGAACGUGUUUGGAGACCAGCAGGACACUUCUAGUGAACAGCCACAGCCAACCGACAACACAUACGCAACAAUCCAAGGUCGCGGAGAGAGAUUCGGGGACUACGCAACGCUUGGGAGGGAUUCACCGACUCCUCUUGAAGCUGCUCUGGGCUUCCAGGGAAGCACAUUCAAGCCUCCGGCAUGUGAUACUCCCGAACCUCCUCCGCGGCCGGCAGGGAUGGGGCCGCUUUCAUAGUUUUUCGUUCCCCUUUUUGUAAAUAUAAACAUUUUUAAAUAAAUUACAAAGACUGAAAGAAGUGAGUAAAAAUGUUGCCAGUCAAAAAUUUCCCAGAUUUUAAUAAUUUAAAACAAACAAUGAGUAAACGUCUGCAGUAUUAAUUCGUUCUCAUAUUUUUGCGUUUUGUCUUAAUUUAAGAAAAUCAUAACUGGUUGGUAUUUUAUUUAUAAAACUAUCAGCAUUAACCUUAUUGUCUUUUUACAUUCCUUUAGACGUGAUUUUAGAAUACAAAUAUGAUCAAAUUCUAGUCUAUGGAAAACGAUUUAUUAUGUAUGAAAAUUGACGAAAAUGUUUAAUUCCUAAUUAACUUCUUAUCUAUAGAAGCAUAGGCUAGAAAAAAUGAACCAACUUUAUAAAAUUUUGAAAGUGAUAUUCUUGGAUUUGGAUAAUAUUUGAGUAUUAUAUUCCAUUCAAGCUUUCAAAGCAAUUGCCUAGUAAUUAGUCGGAAACUAAGUCUUAUUGAGAUAAUGAAUUAAAAUUAAAGAAUAUUAUCCUUAUAUAAGUUGUACAGUGUAAGUUUAAUCAAAAACAUCAACAAUCAGUUGUUUUUGAGAUAUUACCCAUAUCCAGGAAUUUCUUGUUUUUGAAAAAUUUAAAUUCUAAUUUGAAAAAAUCAUAGGUAAUGAUGAAGUUUAUUAUUUUUUUUUUAUUAUUUAACUUAUCAUAUCUAUGGUCGCUUAAGUAACCCUUAACUGUUUAUAAAUGACUCUGAGUGCGACUAUUAUAUUGAAAAAAUGAUAAAAAUCCGCUUACCGAUGCGAUAAGUUUCUUAUAUGAUUGUAAUUUGAGUCAUUUUGUAAAUAUAGAUUAAUUAUUGCAUGUUGACGACGUGUUAUUUAUAUAUUUAAGAACUAUUGGUGCAUUCUUCUGUUCUCUUCUUUCUACAUAUACUAUACAUAAACACUAAAGUAAAAAAAAUAUAGUUUAUAUUUAUCUAUCAUUUGUAUUUACGAAUGAAUUUGACAAAAUAAUUCAUAUAAUUUGUCGUACUCGUAUCGAAGAACUAAAACACUCUGACAUCUCUCUUCAGCACAGCGUCAACAAAAUUCGAGAGAAAGAGACGAAUGAGUGCAAUCUGUAUUUUUGCCUGUUUAUGAAUUAUUUUAAAUGUAAUUAAAGUUACCGGUAAUACGUCGACAACGUUCAUUUAUUUAUGUACAUUUUGAUAUAUUUUAGUAACAUAGUAUUGUCUUUUAUUAACCUAUCUUUUACACAUUUAAAGAAAACACUUUUUUAACGGAUUAAAGUUUAAAUAAUAUGUUUAAAUAAUUAUUAGUUUACAAUAAUACAUAACUUUAAUCCGUUAAAAAUUGUUUUCUUUAAAUAUUUUAGUAAGUUUUUGGUGAUUUUAUAGUUGAUUUUGGGUAAUACCAUUUGUCGGCUUAUAAAAAGUCUAUUAGUCUAUUUUCAACGGUAAUAGCAAAGGCUAGCUUUUAUAUUUUUUAUAUAUAGAUAUAUUUUUCUAUGAGUUUUUGUGAUAUUAUAUUUUUGAAUAUAAUGAUAUAGCGACACAGUUUUUUUUACUUGAGGUAAUUCAUUGUCUUACCCACUGCACUACUUCUUACUGCGGGAGGGUUAUUUGGGACAUACUCUCUAAAACCCCAAGGUGCCA